CAUCUUUUUGAGGCUUUCUUCAAACUCGGCGAUGAGCGUCCCAAUAUUGAUUUUGAAGGCUUCGUCGCACGGCGUCGGUGUGAGGGUGGGUGCCAUAGUGAGGUGGGUAGGAGAGGGUUGAUGGAAUCAUUAAGAAGCUGCUCCUGCUGUGUCCAGAAGCUUAUAAAGUCUUCCUCUUCUCCUAGUAGCUUAAUAGCGCUAUUGUCCUUCCGUAUGAGGCUAAGAAUUGCCUUCUCAGAUGUGAUGCAAUACAACAGCGGUGUUGUCCUAUUUUAG